AUGGGGCCUGCCUUCUCCUUGCUCGCGCUUGCCCUCUGGCUCUGCUCCGUCGUCGUCGCGGCCGCCGCGGCGCAGCAGGUGGACGCCGUGGCCGCGGCGCAGCAGGCGGCCGACCGCGUGGCGGGGCUCCCGGGGCAGCCGCCCGUGGGGUUCGCGCAGUACGCCGGGUACGUGACCGUGAACGAGACGCACGGCCGCGCGCUCUUCUACUGGUUCUUCGAGGCCACCGCGUCGCCCGACAAGAAGCCGCUGGUGCUCUGGCUCAACGGCGGGCCUGGGUGCUCAUCGAUUGGGUACGGGGAAGCGGAGGAGCUGGGGCCCUUCUUGGUGCAGAAGGGCAAGCCGGAGCUCAGAUGGAACAACUACUCCUGGAACACAGAGGCCAACCUUAUGUUCCUCGAGUCCCCGGUGGGCGUCGGGUUCUCCUACACAAACACAAGCUCCGACCUGCUGCAACUUGGUGACAAGAUCACCGCUGACGACGCUUACAAAUUCCUGCUCAACUGGUUCAAGAGGUUCCCGCAGUACAAGUCCCACGACUUCUACAUCGCCGGCGAGAGCUAUGCGGGGCACUACGUUCCGCAGCUGUCGGAGAAGAUCUUCGACGGCAACAGGGCGGGGCCCAAGAAGAGCUACAUCAACUUCAAGGGCCUGAUGGUCGGGAACGCGCUCAUGGACGACGAGACGGACCAGACGGGCAUGAUCGACUACGCCUGGGACCACGCCGUCAUCUCCGACCGGGUGUACGGCGACGUCAAGGCCAAGUGCGACUUCAGCAAGGUGAACGUCACCGACGCCUGCGACGCCGCGCUCCAGGAGUACUUCGCCGUGUACCGCCUCAUCGACAUGUACAGCCUCUACACCCCCGUCUGCACCGAUCCGGGCUCGUCGGCGUCGGCGUCCUCCCACCGGAAGGUCGCCGUCCACGGCGCCGCCCCGAGGAUCUUCUCCAAAUACCGAGGAUGGAUCAUGAAGCCGGCGGGCUACGACCCCUGCACGGCGGAGUACGCGGAGGUCUACUUCAACCGGCCCGACGUCCAGGCGGCGCUGCACGCCAACGUGACCAAGAUCGGCUACAACUGGACACACUGCAGCGAUGUGAUCGGCACUUGGAACGACGCCGCCUUCUCCACCCUGCCCAUCAUCCGCAAGCUCGUCGCCGGCGGCCUCAGGGUGUGGGUCUUCAGCGGCGACACCGACGGGAGGAUCCCCGUGACGGCGACGAGGCUCACCCUCAACAAGCUCGGGCUCAAGACCGUCCAGGAGUGGACGCCGUGGUACGACCAUCUGCAGGUUGGUGGAUGGACGAUCGUGUACGAUGGCCUGACGUUCGUCACGAUCCGCGGCGCCGGGCACGAGGUGCCUCUGCACGCGCCGCGGCAGGCGCUGACGCUCUUCAGCAACUUCCUGGCCGGCACCAAGAUGCCCCCAACGGCGUUCACCUAG